CUCCCUCCCUGGCUUAAGGGCAGUUCUGCUGGCCCUUUGUGGUCUGUGAAAAGCUCUUGCUGGAAGCCCAGGGCAGGACGGCCGGGUAACAGCGCCCCUCACCCGGAGGCCGGCUCCCAGCCUGGGACCACCGCGGAGGUGGCAGCGUAGGUGCCCAGCCCUGCGGCCGCUCGCGUCAGCGUCUGUCCCGAGAGCCAUGGCCCGGGAGGAACAGUGCAGGGAGGAGCUGGGCUACGACCGGGCACCCACCCUGGAGCGGGGGAGGCCGGACGCCCGCAGCUACACCCCCGACGCCAAGCCCAGUGACCUUCAGCUCUCGUCCAGGCUGCCCCCGUGCUUCAGCCACAAGACAUGGGUCUUGUCCGUGUUGAUGGGGAGCUGCCUGCUCGUGACCUCGGGCUUCUCGCUCUACCUGGGGAACGUCUUCCCUUCUGAGAUGGAUUACCUUCGCUGUGCCGCGGGCUCGUGCAUCCCCUCGGCCAUCGUGAGCUUCGCGGUCUCGAGGAGAAAUGUCAGCGCGAUUCCCAACUUUCAGAUAUUGUUUGUGUCCUCGUUUGCUGUCACCACAACGUGUUUGAUCUGGUUUGGAUGCAAACUUGUCCUGAACCCGUCAGCAGUGGACAUAAAUUUCAACCUGAUCCUGCUGCUCCUGCUGGAGCUCCUCGUGGCGGCCACGGUGAUCAUGUCCGCGCGGUCGGGCGAGGCGCGCUGCAGGCGGAAGGGUUCUGUCUCUGAGAGCACCAACAUUCUGUAUGAAGUGGCAUUUCCUGGUCGAGUCCUGAAGUCCUAUUCCGUCAUCGAGGUGAUGGCCGGCAUCUCCGCCGUCCUCGGAGGGGUCAUUGCGCUGAAUGUGGAUGACGCCGUCUCAGGCCCCCACUUCUCGGUGGCGUUCUUUUGGAUCCUAGUGGCCUGUUUUCCAAGCGCCAUUGCCAGUCACGUGACAGCAGAGUGUCCCAGCAGGUGUCUGGUGGAGGUGCUGGCUGCCAUCUGCAGCCUCGCAGCCCCGCUGCUCUUCACAGCCUCCGGGUACCUGUCGGUCAGCGUCCUGAGGGUCACGGAGCUCUUUAAAGAUUACCCGCCGGCCUUCAAGCAAUCCCACGACGUGCUCCUGCUGCUCCUGAUGCUGGAGCUGCUGCUGCAGGCGGGGCUCAACACGGCCACCGUCAUCCAGUGCGUGAACUUCAAGGUGGGCGCCGCCUGGGACGCGGCGCAGACCGGCCAGCAGGAGCGCCCCGCGGGCGAGGUGGCCAGAAGCCCCCUGAAGGAAUUUGACAAGGAGAAAGCCUGGAGAGCCGUCGUGGUGCAAAUGGCCCAGUGACGCGGACAGAGAUGAGGCCCGGCCUGCUGGCCAGCAUUUCAGCCACACAGACGCUAGUUGUCCCCAAGCCGCUCCCUCCCGCCUGCCCUCUCCCUCCUGUAGCCGCAAGGGGGAGUUUUCAUUUCUUAGGUAGUUUAAUUUUGGAAUAGGCAAAUGUUGACUAUUUUGUGCUUAUCAGAGGUCAGUUCAUGCUCCCAAGGUGGCCUGACUGCAGGAGCAGCAGCUUGGGCCGGGUGAGGGAGGGGCCCCGGGUGAGGGAGGAGCCUGGACGAGGGAGGGGCCCCAGGUGAGGGAGGGGCCCCGGGUGAGGGAGGGGCCCUGGUGAGGGAGGGCCCCGGGUGAGGGAGGGGCCCAUGCUGGAGCUGGACUCCAAUAUCUUGGCAGCCACAGGUGGUGGGUUUCUGGUGCCCCCACCAGCUGCCUGUGCCCGCUCCUCCCUGGGCGCAGCCGGUGUGGGUCCCACCCGCUUGGGUGCUUCUCUUCUCUGGGGCCCAGUCGGCUAAGCAUCAUCUCCCUGAUGAGAGCAGAGUCUGUGCAGCCACUCCCCCCAGAGCCGAAGGCGCAGGGCCGCCCCCGCGUGCCCGCAGGUCUGCCCACUCUUUGUGCUUAAGCCCAGUCUCUCCAGAAGGGUGCCGGUUCCGUGGCCCUGGUCCAUGUCCCAGAAUCAGGCACGCGACUGGAGACCCAGCUCAGCGCCGGUCGCCUGUCCUGAGCCCUCUGUCACUGACACUUGGGUAGACCCGUCCACUGUGACAGCCCCGUGUUCUCUGGGGUGGGGCCAUUGUCCCAGGCUCUGAAAACCAAUCGGCCACACCUUUGCACCUCGAUGGCCUCUGUGUCGUGGUGGGGCUGAGCCCCCUCCCUCCAGCCGUGACAGCUCUGCUCCCUCUCCCCUUUGCUUGCUUGGAAUGCAAGACAGAGCCCUGCCCUGCGCCCCGGCCCUGGAAUCGCCAAGCAUCCUGCAGCCUUUUUGCAGCCUAACACGCGUCUUGUCUUGACCUACGCUCACUCAUCUGAGGUUUGGCCAGGCCAGAGGCCUCCUCCAUCUGUCACCUGCCAGACUGCAGGGACAGUUUGAGUGUGAGAAUAACACAUGCUUUGAUCAAAGUCACAGCCAAGAGUUGGUGUGUGUGCCCUCUCUUUAUCCCAUGAGAACAUCUGGAAUCUUCUAGAACGCUAAACUUCUCUCAGUUGACAUGGGCACCAAAGAAUCCCUGGUGAGCUGGGAGCACCGACUACAGGGGAAACACUGAUUGUGUCAGAAGCCAUUUUCAGGCCGGUACUUUCGUUCCCCAGGCCACGAGUCCAGGGAUUUGGGGGCUCUUCCACGGUGAGGAGACGAGCAGCUGUGCGGGAGGAUGCUAGCAUUCAUCUUAUUGGGGUGCAUUAAUCCGCCCCCCAUGGGUUGCAGGGACUGCCUGGCUCCUCCCUCCAGCGAAGGCGGCACUGUACCCAGCCCUGGCGGCUCCAAAGGCAAGCCAAGCCUGAGGGGGCAAAUGCCAUAUUCAGGUCCCCAAACAAGCACGGCAGCCAGGUGGCUGUCAGCUGCACACGAGCAGACCCCACGCAGCUGCCACCAGCAGGGCCGCCCCUUCCCGCUGCUCCAGGCCAGGCAGGUCGCUCCCAGAGGGGUCAGGGCUGCAAGGGCGGAGCAGGUGAUGCUGCCGCCUCGGAGUCUUAGAGCUGGAAUUAGGUGCCUGGGGGCUUUAACACAGGCUUGCACUUUCUUAUUUUAGAGAGAGCUUGAAAAAUCCAGACAAAUGAGGUAUAAUCCUGCCUCUGUCGACUUACAUUUUCGUGAUGUAGUUUAACCACGGCUUGAGCAAUAAAUGCUAACACAUCCGUGUGGCCACGUCUAAAUAAAUGCUGUGUAUGAUUAA